AUGGUCCAUCUUUAUCAAGUGCUUACAUUACUAAGGCAACAUUGUCUCUCUGCCAAUACCAAGAAGUGUUUCUUUGAUCAACCUCAGUUGGACUAUUUGGGCUAUCUUAUUACUGCCGUUGGAGUUGCUGUUGAUCCAGACAAGAUAAUUUCCAUGCAAAAUUGGCCACAACCAACCAAUCUGAAGCAGUUAAGGGGUUUCUUAGGUCUCACUGGGUAUUACAAGAAAAUUAUUAAAAGAUAUGUCACCAUAAACAAACUACUCACUGACAUGCUCAAGAAAGAUGCAUUCCAGUGGUCUCCAGCUGCAUUACAAUCUUUUGUGGACCUCAAGGGUGCCACGACUUCUGCUCCAAUAUUACCUCUCCAAAAUUUCCAUUACCAUUUGUUUUGGAGACUGAUGCCUUCUCAAGAGGAGUGGUGCAGUAUUAAUGCAAUUAGGCAAAUCCAUUGCAUUCUUUAG